AUGGCUCAGCCGCAAGCACAGAAGCAGCGCAGUUGUGAGAGGAUCUUUACCACUGCUCCAAGGGGACAGUAUGCUGUGGAUGAAAAGCAGCAGAAUGUGAAGGAGAAGGAGUUCAUCAUCAUGAGAUGGAAUCUCUUGUUCUUGGUGUUUGAUUUCAUCAUCAUUCCCCUCCCACUGUGGAUCGACAUCUUUUGCCCCAUUUUUGCCGCCAUCUAUGGCCUCUUUGUCUGUUGGCUGGGAGCAUUCCUAUUGACAGUUUGUGCUUUGCGUUCUCUGCAUGCCAACUUUCUGAUGAAGAGGGUGGUGGAUGAGACUUGGGAGGACAAGAUCCCCAGAAACACGGAAGAGGAGAGGCGUUUGGCAGACAACCUGCAACACCUGGUGAUGAUGUGCGGCUACAAGGAGCCCAUGGAAGUGAUUUGCCAAUCCAUCGAUUCACUCGCAGCCCAGACGGCGGCUCACCGCCUGAUUGUGGUGAUUGGCUUGGAGGAGGGGACCCCUGAUGUGGCUGAGAAAGCUGCAAGGUUGAAAGAGCGCUAUGCCAGAUCCUUCAAGCGAUUCCAUGUGACCAAGCAUCCCGAGCAGUGGGCUGGAGGUCGUGAGAUCCAAGGCAAAUGCUCAAAUGCCAACUACACCAUGCGUGCUGCGGUCACCCGCUUGGAAGAGUACGGUGACUUAGAUCUCAGUUGCACCACAGCCACGAGUUGUGACACGGACUCUAUCUUUGCACCACGCUACUUUGAGAACCUGGGUUACCAGUUCCUUACCUGCCCAAAAGCCAAAGAGGUGGUUUGGCAGGCACCGAUCUACUACAAUCACUUCUUGAAUGAGCGUCCCUUCUAUGUUCGCGCCAUUGGCAUCAUGCGUGCUGCUUACAUGUUGGGAUUCUUGAUCCUUUUCAACAUCAACACCAUGUCCAUCUUCAGCUUUUCUCUGGAUCUCUGCAUCAAGGGCGAGUUCUUCCAUGCGCACUAUCAGAUGGAUGACAUCAUCUACACCCUGACCUGCAUGCAAGCCCUGCAGAAGCGAGUUGAGAUCCUCAUGAUUCCUAUGCCUGUGAUUUCUGGUCCAACCUCAGGCACGAGCCACUGGGAAGAGUUCAGCGAAUGGUUCCGACAGAGUGAACGUUGGACCAUUGGUGCUUGCGAGGUUUUCCACUACUUUGUGGUGAAGCGAAGACGUUACAACUGCUCUGCAGCCUUGUCUUACGGCACUUGGUUUGUGAUCUACUAUGGUUUCAUUUUGUGCUCCCUGACGCUGACUGGAAUUGCAGGCUUCAUCAACUACGCCUUAAUCAAUGCCAAACACGACACCAUUGAUCACAUGGGCCAAAUGACUGGCCAGCUGCCUUUGGAUGAUGCAGCCAACACUGGCGUGAUGAUUGCCGGCUUUUCCAGCCUUGCUUGGACCUACCUAGUCUUCUUGAUUUUCUUCUACCUUGACCGUGAAGGGUGCAAACUCAUUUACCACUUGAAGAUGAAGCCGCAGGGUGCUGAGGAUACCAGCUUUUGCCAGAACCUCAAAGACUGGAUUUUGAUGUGGCCCAGUUUGGUGAUGUAUUCCAUGGUCAGCUACUGGGCUAUCCUGAAAGUGGCUGUCUAUGGCAAGAAGGUGUGCGGCCAUGAUCCUUCCAGCAAGGAAGGCCUCAAGGCUGGGCAAGGCAUGAGACAUCCGAAGAGUCUGCUGGAGUCUCAACGGCGAUCGACAGCGCAGACAUUUCUGAAGCUGGCCGUGCCUGAAAGGGAACGACCCAAGUUCACUGACAUCAUUUUGUGGCCCAUAGGGACGGAGGACUGGACUCAGUGUGGCAUUCUGGGGAAGGCCGCGCCACAGAAGACGCGAAUAGUGCAUGGCAAGGAUGCAGAUCAAUGCGUUUGGAGAUGGCAAGUGAGCCUCAGUACGCCCACCUCGCAGUACUGUGGAGGAACUCUCAUUUCUCCUGGCCAUGUGCUCACAGCAGCGCAUUGUCUUUCACAUGUUAGAGGACCAUGUGCAGUCCGCGCGUUGCGUGUGCAUGCUGGCAGCCGGAAACGGGUUCCGGGCACCACAGGUGCUGUAGUGGAGCGCCACGCCAAGAAGAUCUUUAUCCACCCCCUCUACAACCAAAACGUGCCGCACGACUACGACUUCGCCAUCAUCCAGCUGGACAAGGCCAUGCCGCUAAACGAGUGCAUUGGUUUGGCGUGUUUGCCCAACAAGGAUGAGAAACCGGGGGCGAACUGCAGCAUCACUGGCUGGGGAACUUUGAAAAGCAUGGGCCCCACACCAGAUGUUUUGCAAGAAGCUGCAGUCACCUUGCUGCCAGACUCUGUUUGUGAACGGAACUACAGCUACACCAAGCAGGUGAUCAGCGGUUCCAUGCUCUGCGCCAGCGGCAUCUCCGAGAAAGGCAUCGUGGACACCUGCCAGGGCGACAGCGGCGGGCCGCUGAGCUGCCGAGAGGAGGGACGCUAUGUGCUGCGGGGCGUCACUUCCUGGGGACAGGGAUGUGCCUAUGCCAACUUCCCAGGGGUUUACGGCAAAGUUCAAAGCGUCAUUUCCUGGAUCGAAGAUGUCACCUCCGAGAAGGUCCGGAAUGUCCACGCUGACGAUAAGCAGGAGACGAUGAACAUCUCCGGGAUUGAUUUCAAUGGAUCUAUGUGGGCCGUGAUAAAAGGCAAUUGUACCAAAGACUCAGAUGGCUGCAUCAUGAGUCCUGGAUAUCCCCAGAAUUACACGCCCAAAUCGAUCUGCGUCUUUGCGGUGAAUGCCUCUGCAGCCGUGCCCAUCAAGGUGGUGAACUUCUCGACGGAAGAAAAGUUCGAUGCCUUGAUCUCUGACUGCCAAUACUUUUCUGGCUCGAAGGGGCCAGACAAGUUUGUUCCCCAUGGACCAAUUUUUUGGCACUCCGACGAUAGCAUCGUCAGCUCCGGCUGGAAAUUAUGUCCCGAGACGCCUGAGAGACAUGGGCGCCUUGCUACUCCGCCUCCCCGCUGA